GCAAGCAUUAAGUUCUGCAAACUCUGUUUUUUCUCUGUCACAUCAGCUGUCCCUAAUGAAACAUUCCAGCUGUUUCUCUGCGCUGAGCUGCGGCAAUUAGACAUUUUGCAAUUAGACAUUUCGCACACUUUUUAAAAUCCGUUUUCAAUAGGCAUUGUUAAAAGAGUUGAAUAAUACUGUACCCAGUGGAAACUUCGUGACUAACGUUUCAAAGAACAUUGCAGGCAACUGAUGCUACAGCACAUUUGGACAGAGCAUGAUCUACACGCAAUAUGAUGUACAGAGAAAACCCAUUCGGCUCAUCGCCGCGGCAUGCAGUUCUAUGGGCAUUGGGAAGAACGGACAGCUUCCGUGGAAUUUACCGUCGGAAUUUCGGUUCUUUCUAGACACUGUAUCAGCUGUGUCCAGACCAGGAAAGAAAAACUUGCUGAUAUGGGGCAGAGGCUGCUGGUUUUCCUGUCCAGACAAUGUUUUCCCCAUUGAUAAUGGACUUCAUGUGGUGCUUAGCAGAGAGCUUAGCUCAGUGCCAAAGCACGCACACUACCUGUGUCAAGACUUCAACAGCGGCGUCCAGCUGGUCUGCCAGCCUCCUCUCUGUGACCUUGUGGAGACCAUUUGGGUUCUGGGAGGGUCACAGGUCUAUAAGGUGGGUUUGGAACAUCCCUGGUGUGACCUGAUCUACCUCACUGAUGUCAUGGCUGACUUUGACUGUGAUGUCUUCUUCCCUGAUUUUGACCGAGGUGUCUACAGAAAGCAGGAUAGGUUUCCUGGUGUACCAGAUGGGAUUCAGGAGGAAAACGGCAUUAAAUUUAAGUUUCAAGUCUUCAAGAGAGAGAUCUCCCAACAGAGCUCUAUCAAAGAGUCCAACGGCAAAUGACUCCAUGUGGUCUCAGACGCUCGAGAUAAAACAAUACA